AUGGAACAAGAUCAUGUAUUUAAUUUUACAGGAAUUACAAUCUCUGUUGGGCGUAGUGAUGAAACGGAUAAUGUAGUGAGACCCCAAGGUUCAUUUAAUAGGUUUUUCAUUGAUAUAGUUAAUAGUGACAAUAUCACCAAUAAUAAAGAUAGAGCACAUAUAAAAGAAUAUAAAUCAUUAAAGGAUACAGAUUCAAAAAAAAAUAGAAUAAUGACAUUGAUAAAUAUUAUUUUAUCGUUGUUUACUAUUUUUAAAGUUAGUAAUGAAGAGUUUUUUGCAGAAGUAAAUAGCAACACAAAAUAUCAAGACCUUUUGUAUGGUAAAGACAAUCGUGUUCAGAUAAAAGUAAUAGUUGAAGAGGAACAUAUCAUUAGAACAACAAUCUCAUCGAAAUGCCUUGGAAUUUCAUAUGGACAGUCUCUACUCAGCAACAAUAUUCUCAAACCUACUUCAGAUAAAUUGGUAUCAACAAACAGUAUUAGGAAUGCGUCAGCUUUUUCAGAAUGUACGUUAAUGCAAUCAAUUGUGAAUGUAGGUUACACUUCAGUGGGUUCUUUGGAAGUUGACAAUCCAAUUUUCUUUCCUAUCUCUCCCUGGCAAAGAUCUUCGAGCAAUGCUGGUGAUUUUACCAAUGGAGACAUAUCAAAACAUGUUGAGACAAUUGCACACUCAGUAUCUAAUGAUCGUAUUGGCGAAAGAUUUUAUCAACUCCUACUGGAUUUUAGAAAACAAUUUUUACCCAGAAAUUCAGUUUUUUCGAGCAUUUGUCUAAAUGUGGAACAUGUCAUCAAAUAUAUGUUUCAAUUGUCUUUCACAAUUUUUUUUAUGGAUUCAAAAAAACAUGGUGUUUUUGACAAUUCUAAUGAUACUGAGAAUAUCAAUCAGCUAAAGAAUAGUAAAAAGAUUUUUGAAUCUGAAUACUUCAAAAGCUUUUUGCAAAAGGUUAAAAAUAUGGGCAUCUUCAAGAUAUCAUCUGAUGGAACACCCAAAGUUAAUGAAGGGUUGUUUGGAAUUGGCAUAGUCCCAUUGUUUCUUGCAAAUUUACCCUCACAGUCAUGCUCUUCGAUUCUUAUGUUAGGGAUUGGUUUUGGAAAAGAAUCAAAUACUGCCAAAUUUCUUUCUUCUGUAAUAGAACAAAUUAAUUCUAUUAAAGAAGUUACAUUCAAUUUUGCAAAUGAUGUUGUUACAAUUCCCAUCAAAUUUUUUUCCUCAAUCGAUCUAAAAAUGGCUCAAAAUCUCGCAAGAGACAAAUCAGAUUAUAACGGUGAAUCACCUUGCCCAUGUUGUAAGAAAUCAGCCGAUUAUUUCAAAGCCGCGCUUUUGGAAACACAGAUUAAUGAUGCUAAAUGUGUAAAUUGUAGAGAUGAGGAAAAUAAUCUUUUUCCAGGUAUAAAAUGCGAACACACUGGUGAAGCCAAUUGUGCGAACAAUAGUAGAAAUCUCGUGGACAUAUUACUUAUUAAAGCAAUUUUUAUUAUUUGUAGUCUUCAUUGUAAACAAAGAAUAACAGAAAAGUUGUUGAAAUCAACUUUUUCUAUUCAUACACAUCUCACUGCCUACAUUUUGGAAGCAUUUCAAUCAAUUCCAGAGCUUAAAAGUAUAAAUCCCAAAGCAAAUUUGUUUUCUCAAAGUCAAUAUAUAUAUGUUGAUGAGGUUGGAAUGCUCACCGGUGGUGAAUGUGAUGCAAUCUUCAAAUAUUUACCGGGAAUUCUUUCAGAGUUUGACAAAACCGAAGAAGCUAAGAUUGUGAAACAAUUUCAUAAGAAUAAGCUUGGCGAUCUACCAAUUGGCGAAAGUCUAUCAUUGGUAUUCAAGGAAGCAUCGAAAGUCUUUAAUAAACUGGAUUCAACAAGUCAAGAGAUUAAAGAGAUGACAGACAAUGAAAUAGUUUCAAUUCAAACGUUGUGCAAUCAAUUUUUAACACUGUUUGUCGAUCUCUUUGGAGUUAGAGAGAUGACUUAUUACACUCACAUACUAUUACAUAUUGCGCGGUAUUUGCGCAUAUGCAAGAAACAUGGACUAAGUUUAACAAUGAUCAACAAUGAAGGUUUCGAGUCAAAUUGGAAAAGAUUUUUGGGUUUCUAUGGAAACAACAACAAAGGCAAUGAUUCAUUGAUUCAAUUAAUGAAUACCCACUAUUAUGUUCCUAUUCUCACUAUUAGACUCUUUGUAAUGAGUUUAAACUUUGGGUUUAACGAUGCAAGAUCUUUGCGAGGUGAGCACAUUCGACACACCAUUAGUUUGCAUGAUGGAUUUUAUACAAAUGUAUAUUCUCAAAUUCUUGAUAUAAUAAAGGUGAAGGCAGAGAAAGAUAAAAAAAUUUUAUCUGAUGCUCAGCUUGUUGAUGAUGAAUAUACAGGUCUAUUCGGAAUACAAAAUGAACAAAGUAUAUCAAUAGAGAAACUUAACAAAAUACUACAAACAUAUUUAGAGAAAAUUUUUGUUGGAACACUUCAACCAAUCUUCGAGAUUAGUUCUUUUGAAUUAUCUGACAUUCCAAAGCCUAUUGCCAUUGGUGACAAAAUACAACUUAUUAUUUUGUCCCAAAGUGCAGCCAAGAUUAAUCAACAGCUUAAACUCCUCAUUGUCCCAUCGGAGUUCUGUUCAAUGAAAACACCAAUGUUUUUCUAUAUUUGCCAGCCCAAUGGUAAUGUGAAAUCAUAUUUAAAGAGAACUUUAAGUACAGAUUUACUUGAAAAUCAUCCACCUGAUUUUUUUAAAUUUUUCAGCACGAUCGAAUUCAAAGAUGUACAAAUCUAUUUCAACUCUCCAAUAUUUAUCUCCUUUUUAUUAAGUUAUAUUCUACAGAAAUCAACUAUAGUAAUCAACGACAACAACAACAUUAAUAAUAUUAAUAACAAUAAUAAUAGUAAUAAUAGUAUACAUCAACUUAUUUUAGAUAAUAUAAUAAAAAUAAUUACAGUAAUAUAUAAGAAAAACCACAGAUCUGAGAAGAAUAAUAAGAAUAUUAAAACGGUACCAAAAAGAUUAAUACGAAUAGCAGAAAAAAUCAAAUAUCAUGUGGAAACUCGCAAUCCCGAUUUUAAACCAAUUUGUGAUGAAAUCAGAGACAUGGUUACAACUGGUUCAGAGUUGUACGAUGAACGUAAGAUGAAGCAAGCAAUUCCAACAUACUCAGAAUCAACUGAAGAUAUAGAUCGUAAAUUAGAUCUUAUCAAAAAUAAAUCUGAAAGAUCAGUUGGAGUUUUAACAGAUAUCACAAUUGAAUUGUCGAAAAAGAGGAGUAAAAGCGAGGUGGACGAAGUUGAAUUAAUCAAAAUUCAACUCAAGACUCUUGAUAUCCUCGCUGCAAUGGAUCAUGAUUUCUACGAUGUAUUAAAAUAA